UCGAGGCGGGGCUGCGUUUCCGGACACGGCGUUGGUUGCAUCAGCCUGUGAGGUAGCUCGGCGCCUGGCAGGAAGCGAGAGGAAGAGGACGCGGCAUGGCUGCAGCCGUGUCUGACUACAGUUGCAUUCUGAACAUUAGCGAAGAGGAAGCCAGGUUGAAGGCUCUGAAUGAGUAUCUCAGCACCCGUAGCUAUAUCCAGGGGUUCACAUUUUCAUAUGCAGAUGUGGAAGCUUUCAGACAGCUUUCAGGCCCACCUGUGGACCAGUAUUUCCACGUGGUUCGUUGGUACAGGCACAUAGAAGCAAUCUAUGAUGGCAGCAGUGAGAAACGUGACUCCUGUAAGCUCCAAACAAGUAAAAGCAAGCGUACCCAGCCUGCCUGGUCUCCACCAAAAGGGACAUCGCAACCUAAACUCUGCCUGUACAACAGUCUUACUCGUAAUAAGGAUGAGUUUCAGCCUCAAAAUGGCAACAAAGUGACGUGGUAUUGCUGUGGUCCAACGGUGUAUGAUGCCUCCCACAUGGGUCAUGCAAGAUCAUACAUCUCAUUUGAUAUCCUGAGAAGAGUUUUGAAAGACUAUUUCAAAUAUGAUGUCUUCUACUGUAUGAAUAUUACAGAUAUAGAUGACAAGAUUAUAAAAAGGGCACGACAAAACCAUCUCUUUCAACAGUAUACAGAGAGAAAGCCAUCUGCUACUCAGCUGCUUGAAGAUGUUCAGAUUGCCUCUCAGCCAUUUUCAGCUAAGCUACAAGAAACCCCUGACCCUGAUAAGAAACAAAUGCUGGAAAGGAUUCAGGCUGCGGUGAAGGUUGCUGUGGAAUCUCUAGAAAAUGUGCUCAAAAAGAAACUCUCUGAAGGAGAUGUCAGUAGACAUGCUGAGGUAUUGUUACAAGAAGCUAAAGAUAUACUCGCUGAGUGGCUGGAUGGUAAACUUGGCAGUCAGGUGACUGAUAACUCAAUAUUUUCCAAGCUACCCAAAUUCUGGGAAGAGGAGUAUCAUAACGAUAUGGCAGCUCUCAAUGUAUUACCUCCAGAUGUCUUAACUCGUGUUAGUGAAUAUAUACCUGAAAUUGUAGACUUUGUUCAGAAGAUUGUAGAUAAUGGAUACGGUUAUGUGUCCAAUGGAUCUGUCUAUUUUGACACAGUGAAAUUUGAUGCCUCAGAAAAACACUCCUAUGCUAAGUUGGUCCCUGAAGCUGUGGGAGAUCAAAAAGCCCUCCAGGAGGGUGAAGGUGACCUGAGUGUCUCAGCAGAUCGUUUAAGUGAGAAGCAUUCUCCAAAUGACUUUGCAUUAUGGAAAUCCUCCAAACUUGGAGAGCCCUCGUGGGAAUCUCCUUGGGGAAAAGGCCGUCCGGGAUGGCAUAUUGAAUGUUCCGCAAUGGCUGGGUCCAUUCUAGGAGAGUCGAUGGAUAUUCAUGGUGGAGGUUUUGAUCUUCGAUUUCCUCACCAUGACAACGAAUUGGCACAGUCUGAGGCAUACUUCGACAAUGACCACUGGGUUCGCUAUUUCUUGCACACUGGGCACUUAACAAUUGCUGGUUGUAAAAUGUCCAAAUCUUUGAAAAACUUUAUUACAAUAAAAGAUGCACUUAAAAAACAUACAGCUCGGCAAUUACGGCUGGCUUUUUUAAUGCAUUCUUGGAAGGACACACUGGACUAUUCCUGCAAUACCAUGGAGUCUGCCAUUCAGUAUGAGAAAUUUAUGAAUGAAUUUUUUUUAAAUGUGAAGGACAUUCUGAGGGCUCCUGCUGAUGUGACAGGCCAGUUUGAAAAAUGGGAAAACCAGGAGAUUGAGCUGAAUAAAAGUUUUUAUGAAAAGAAAGUAGCGGUCCAUGAAGCAUUGUGUGACAACAUUGAUACACGCACAGUCUUGGAGGAAAUGCGAUCGCUGGUCAGCCAGUGUAAUUCCUACAUAGCUGCUAAGAAGACUGCCAGGCAGAUGCCAAACAGAAUGCUGCUAGAAAAUAUAAGCAUUUAUCUUACACAAAUGUUCAAGAUCUUUGGUGCUAUAGAAAGCGAUGAAGCUAUUGGUUUCCCAGUUGGAGGAAAUGGUGGAAACUUAAAUCUUGAAUCAAUUGUAAUGCCCUACCUUCAGAUUUUGUCUGAGUUCAGAGAAGGUGUAAGACAAAUUGCCAGAGAAAAGAAAGUGUUUGAAGUUCUGCAGCUUUGUGAUUCUCUACGAGAUGACGUCCUUCCUGAACAUGGAGUUCGGUUUGAAGACCAUGAGGGCCUCCCUACUGUGGUCAAGCUGGUGGAUAGAGACACUUUGCUGAAAGAAAGAGAAGAAAAGAGAAAGAUUGAAGAAGAUAAAAAAAGGAAGAAAGAAGAAGCAGCCAGAAAGAAACAAGAACAAGAGGCAGCAAAACUGGCAAAAAUGAAAAUCCCACCAGGAGAAAUGUUUAAAUCAGAGCAUGACAAAUAUUCCAGAUUUGAUGAGAAUGGAUUUCCAACCCAUGACACAGAAGGCAAAGAACUCAGCAAAGGUCAGACGAAGAAAUUAAAGAAACAGUAUGAGGCACAAGAAAAAUUGUACAAAGAGUAUCUUCAAAUGGUUCAGAACGGUGUUGCAAAUUAAGAAAAAAAAUGGACAAUAUACUUUUAAAAUAAAUGGCACAUCUGGAUAACUUUUGUGGAGAUAAUGAGUUUUUAGCGGGCUAUGACUCCCUGUUGUCUAAAACUGGGGAAAUUGUAAAUGAGUAAAUUGUGUUGUUUUCAGCAAUAUUUGUGUAAUGUGGUGACAUGAGCUGGAAUAAACUAGUUGCUAUCUCUUAUAAGAUGGUAUGGCAUGGUUAAUUACUCAAGUUUCCUUCAUAGAAUCAUAGAGUUGGAAAGAGACCACAUGGGCCAUCUAGUCCAACCCCCUUCUUCCAUGCAGGAAAAGCCCAUUCAAAGCACCCAUGACAGAUGGCCAUCCAGCCUCUGCUUAAAAGCCUCCAAAGAAAGAACCUCCACUACACUCCGAGGCAGAGAGUUCCACUGCUGAACUUUCCUUGUGUAAUGUGCAUCCCAGUUUUUUGUUUUCUCAGAAGUGAGUCCCUCUGAAUUCAAUGUACCUUACUCAUUAAGAAACCAUUCCUCCCAAGCCUAGAGUAAUUUCUAAUCAUAAUAUAGCUGUCUUUUGCAGUUUGAAUAAAUUAAUAAAAUCAAACUACACAGAAACUAGGGAAUCUGAGGAAGGGAGAGUAACUUUUUUCCAUGAGAAGGACCAUAAGUGAUACUGUAGAAAAUACAGUAUAUAUUUUAAAUAAAUGCAUAGAGACUGUCAUGUGCUUGUAUCUGGUUUUUAUCUUGCAUUUGUAUAAUGAGUAGUUUCAUUUCUGUUACUUUUUAGAACAAUUCAUGGUCAGUGCCAAAUAAAUUGCUAUUACAUAUGAGUGCAAAGAAAAUUAAA